ACCAUCAUACAGCAGCCAGAAAACAGACCGAAAUACACAUCAGCGGGCAAACGUCACAGGCCGCCGCCGACAAGGGUUUAUUUUUCUAUUGUCUCUUUAUUUUGGGAGCUUCUCGUUUUCAUACAUAAGAUUUGCCUGAUUUCAGAGAGAUGGCCCAGGAGACCAACCAGAGUCCAGUGCCCAUGCUCUGUGCCACCGGCUGUGGUUUCUAUGGCAACCCUAGGACCAAUGGCAUGUGCUCGGUAUGCUACAAAGAGCACUUAACAAGACAAAACAACGGAGGUGUCAGUCCUAUUAGCUCAAUGGCAGGUUCCAGCGGUGUAACCGGCAGUCCCACCUCAGAAGCCUCAGCCAUUCAGAUCAUUGAAGCAACGCUAAACAAUUCUUCAGCUGCUAGUGCCGAGUCGCCCAACAGCUCCUCCACCGCUGGUCUUCCGGUUACACAACAGAUGACUGAGAUGAGCAUUUCCUGUGAAGAGGAGGCGGCCUCUCCAAAAGUAGAACUUCCGGAACCAGUGGUUACUCAGCCAACCGCAUCCACUGCAUCUCCAAGCACAGCUGGUAGUGACGAAGCCAAGACGCCAGAGGCCACCAAACCCAAGAGGAACAGAUGUUUUAUGUGUCGCAAGAAGGUCGGCCUGACAGGGUUCGACUGCCGCUGUGGGAAUCUAUUCUGUGGACUUCAUCGUUACUCGGACAAACACAACUGCCCCUACGACUACAAGGCGGAGGCUGCAGCCAAGAUCCGUAAAGAGAAUCCAGUCGUGGUUGCCGACAAGAUUCAGAGAAUAUAAAUCUCGCACCUUGAUUUUGCGAGAGAUCGGAUAAAAGGACUCGCACUUGACCUGUGAUUCUAAAGACUAGUUUUUUUUAAUUGCAGUAUGGGAAAAGAAUCGUCUUUCUAAGCCAAUGCAUGAGUGAUCACUUUGUUUCCAUUGUUCUGUUUCAUUUCUGUUGUUUCUACAUGAGCUACAACAAAUAGGAAAACAGAAAGAAUGUUUAAGGUAUCUUGCCAGAUCUGUUUCUUAGUGGGCGAGUUGCUGUAAAUUGGAGUCUGAGUGUUGUGUUGAAGGCUGACUGUCAUACAUUGUGAUCGUUACACAUUUACAUACGGGACUCUCAAGACUGUUACCACUCUGCCCUGAGCGCCGUUGGAGCAACAGUGCAUGGCUGGCUCAUGUAGCAAAUGGACGCUCUUUCCUUUGGGUUGAAACACUCCCCUUCACGUCAGCCUUUCGACAUUUAUCAGUGACGUUUUCUGCUUGAGCAUCGAUCGACAUCAAUUAUCAGGCUGUUGGAGUGAUCUUUGUUCUUUCAACUAUGUGAAAAAAAAAGUAAACCGUUGACGGACUAUGUGAAAAAUUUAUUAUCCCAUUCAGAUGGUUCGAUGCAGCCAGACCAGAACACUUAAUCAGUUUUGAGCAGCUACUUCCAUGAUACGACUGUCUGUGUCAAGUAUGGCUGGGGUUAAACAUUGUGACCAUGUGAAACGAUGAUUUCGUUCUCCUAUGAUCCUUUAAGUGAAAUAAAGUUGAUUUUUAUGUUCCAUACUUGCGUGUUGCAUUGUAAGGCACCAUUUUUUUUUUUAAUGUGCUUUCGGUUCAAGUUGGAUUUUUAAAUGGGUGUUUUGCAUGGUUAGUGAACCGAGUAUUUUAAAGUUGACUGCGUAUUUGAAGUCUGUUUAUUUUUUUUGCUCUGUAAUUCACUUCAUGUUUGGGGUUUUUGUGUGAAUCUCUUUUCAAUGGGUAUUGUAGAUUGAUUGUCACAUUCUUUAAAUGCAGGUAAGAAAAAUGGUAUUGUUUUUGUGUCAUUUAAUCAGUCCCAUUAGUAUGCUUGAGUAUUGUGUGUUGGUGUGAAAAUGCAAGUAUAUAUCCAAGCAGACUCUGUGAACUUUUUAUUUUUACGAGGCUCACUCAGUUUUCUGUUUUGGGUCUGGCUGCACAGUUCUGUUUGUUUAGAGUCUAGUGAGUUUACAUAGUAAAACUAGCCAUCGGUUUUGAUUUUAGUUAUGCAAGUUUGUACAAACCAUCUUUAUUUAUUAUAUGUAUUUCACAUAUAAUCCUGUUACCCAACAUUACUGAAAAAUUGUAUCAUGUAAAUAAAAUUAUGUACAGAGAUAUUAAAAUGUAUCCUGUUUUGUUUCAUCUCUGUAACAUAUACAGGUACAUCUAAAAAAUUAGAAUAUCGUGAAAAAGGUAAAUUUUUUUGUCACUCAUUUCAGAAAGUGAACCCAUAUAUUCUAUAGAUUCAUUACACGGAGUGAAAUAUUUCAAGCCUUUAUUUCUUGAAAUUUUGAUGAUUAUGGCUUACAGAUAAUGAAAACCCAAAAUUCAGUGUCAGAAAAUUUGAAUGUUACAUAAGAUCAAUAAAAAAAGGAUAUUUUAAACAGAAAUGUCAGGCUUCUGAAAAGUAUGUUCAUUUCUAUGCACUCACUACUUGGUUGGGCCUCCUUUUGCAUGAAUUACUGCAUGAAUGUGGGGUGGAGGCAAUCAGCCUGUGGCACUGCUCAGAUGUAAUGGAAGCCCAGGUUGCUUUGAUAGCGGCCUUCAGGUCAUCUGCAUUGUUGGGUCUGGUGUCUCAUCGUCCUCUUGACAGGUUCUCUAUAGGGUUCAGGUCAGGCGGGUUUGCUGGCCAAUCAAGCACAGUACCACCAUGGUCAUUGAAACAGCUUUUGGUACCUUUGGCAGUGUGGGCAGGUGCCAAGUCCUGCUGGAAAAUGAAAUCAGCAUCUCCAUAAAGCUUGUCAACAGAAGGAAGCAUGAAGUGCUCUAAAAUGUCCUGGUAGAUGGCUGCGUUGAUGCAGUAAUUCAUGCAAAAGGAGGCCCAACCCAAUAUUGAGUGCAUUUUUUUAUUGAUCUUAUGUAAUAUUCUAAUUUUCUGAGACACUGAAUUUUGGCUUU